AUGGAUCCAAGGAAACCAAUCAAGCGAGCUAAAGCUACAAAACUAGAAAAGAAGGAAAAGGCUCAACAAUGGCGGUAUUGGGGAGAGAGAGAGAGAGUGUGUGUGUGCUCAAGUGCAUUUAUUGUUCCUUCUUCUCAAAGCAGAGAUGAGAGAUGA